UCACAUCAGGGGAGGAGCCAAGCCGCGGCUCGACUGACACGUAAGAAUCCUGCGUAAAUUUUUAAGGAAGAAGCACCAACUUUCCUGGAGUUGAGUGAGGACAGGAGCGGGUCCGUUCGGGCUCAUGUGUCCUGUGACCGCCGCGGACUAGAGGCCCAGCUUUAGGAGGCGGAAUGCGGCUGUCGGCGGUGGUUUCCGUGGUGCGGGGGCUGGGCCCGGUGGUGAUCGGGAUCUCUCUGGGCUUCACGCUGAGUUUACUGAGCGUCAGCUGGACGGAGGAAGCCUGUUACCUGGGCGGCAGGGGCGGCCAGGAGGGAGCCGUGGGCCGGGAGGGGCUGCCCAAGGGAGCCCGGAAGCCCAGCUCCAUCCUCACCGGCAACGAUGCGGAGUCCGAGGAGGACUUCGAGCCCAGAAUAGUCCCUUAUAAACAGGUCCAACAGAGUCCAGCCAAGAAGGUGUUCAGAGCAAAAUACAUAAGCACAGAGUUGGGAAUGCGAGAGCGUCUGUUUGUUGGUGUCCUGACAUCUAAAAACACCAUCAGCACCCUGGGCGUGGCCGUCAAUCGCACCAUAAGCCAUCAUCUGGACACUGUGGUUUUCUUCACCGGCAUGCGCAACCGCAAAGUCCCUCAUGGCAUGUUCGUAGUCUCUCACGGAGACGAGAGGCUGAUUUGGAACAUGUUUCAGACCAUCCGGUACAUUUUAGACCAUUACAUCAAUGAGUAUGACUGGUUUUACUUGGUCCAGGAUGACGCCUACACGGAGGCCGACAGGAUCAGGGCCCUGGUGGAUCAUCUGAGUAUGGAUCGAGAGCUGUACAUGGGCAGCCCUGAGGAGUUCAUCGGUGGAGAGAUGGAAGGGAAGUACUGCUACGGUGGGUUCGGGUACCUCCUGUCCCGUACUUUACUCCUCCGACUCCAGCCUUUCCUAGAAAACUGCAGAAAUGACAUCCUGAGUGCAAGACCUGACGAGUGGCUCGGCAGAUGCAUCAUUGAUUACACCAGCGCAAACUGUGUCAGCGAGUACGAGGGCCUUCAGUACCACCAUUAUGAGUUGGGGAAAAACUCGGAUCCAAGUAAAGAACAGAGUGACGAGUUCAAGAAAGCUCUGACUGUCCAUCCAGUGUCUGACCCCGAACAGAUGUACCGGCUGCACCGAUACUUCACAGAGAUUGAACUCCAGAAGACUUACGAUGAGAUCGCUAAGCUGCAGGCAGAAAUAAAGAAUGUGAGUGCUGUUGCUUUUGAGGGAAACCGAAGCGCCCAGUGGCCGGUUGGGAUCAAUCCACCUUUUGAGCCUAGAUCUCGUUUUGAAGUCCUGAAGUGGGAAUACUUUACAGAGGAGGAGAUUUACUCAUGCACAGAUGGCUCUCCCAAGUGUGAACUGCGCGGCAUUGACCGCAUGGAUGUGGCGGAUGUUAUCGAUGUUGCAGUUGGAGAGCUGAACAAGAAGUACAUACCUGUCCUACACCUGAAGAAGCAGCAGCUGAUUAAUGGCUACAGGCGCUUUGACCCCAUUAGGGGCAUGGAGUACAUCCUGGACCUGCAGCUUGAAGUGGUCAACCAGAAAGGUCACAGUCGCUCCAUCACAAAGCGGGUUCACCUGGUGCGACCUUUGAGUCAGAUAGAGAUCAUUCCGAUGCCUUAUGUCACUGAAGCUACCAGGGUUCACAUCAUUAUACCGCUUAUGAUGCAGGUCCGGAGCUACGUUGACCAUUUCCUCGAAGUCUUUGCCGCGAAUGCCUUUGAGACCAGCGAAAACGCAAUCCUAACGUUCUUGUUCAUUUACGAUCCAGUCGAGGCCCAGCAGGUGAACCAGAAUGAUAUAUUUGCAGGUGUGAAGGCUCAGAUAAACACUUACGAACGCAAAUAUCCAGCAAUAAAAAUCCCAUGGAUAAGUGUAAAGACGGAAACGCCAUCCCAGAUCAAGUUCAUGGACAUUAUUUCAAAGAAGCAUCCUGUCGACACGCUGUUCUUUCUGGCUAAUGUCGACACAAGGGUCAAUGCUGAAUUUCUCAAUCGCUGUCGCAUGAAUUCAAUCAACAAUUGGCAGGUGUUCUUCCCGAUCCAUUUCCAGGACUACAACCCUGACGUGGCUUAUCACAACCAGCAGCGUCCAGCUACAAUUGAUCUGGUCAAGGACGCAGGACAUUUUGACCGCAUGUCAUUUGAAGAGGCAUGUUUUUACAACUCUGACUACAUGGCAACACGAACACGAAUGGUGGCGGACGUCCAGGAGAAUGAGGAGAUUCUGGAGACCCUGGAUAUCUACGAAAUGUUUGUGAAGUAUUCAGGUCUUCAUGUGUUCAGAGCGGUGGAGCCAGCGUUGCAUCAGCAGUACCGCUACCAGAUCUGCAACCCGCGACUUAGCGAAGACAUCUACCACCGAUGUGUCCAAAGCAACUUGGAAGGACUGGGUUCUCGCUCUCAGCUCGCAAUGCUACUGUUUGAGCAAGAGCAAGGAAACAGCACCUGACACCGCCUAAGGGGAGUUUAAUGCAAUCCUGAAUUUGGACUACGACCAAGAGCAACACAUGUAGCACCACUUGUUGCUUGUUUUAGCUAAAAAUGAACCCAUGAACAAGAAGUGGUUAUGCACAUGACUGACACUCCAUCUUCUAAUGUGCAUCAAAGGUUGAGGUUUUAGAAAGACGAACUCAGCACAGGCUAUUUCAGAAAGUUCUCCUAAAAUGUUUACAGUUAUUGUCCAAUGUUUUUGCUACUUUGGGAAAUCUGAAAGCGGCGUCAAGCAAUUUUUGACCACUUGAGAGCAGAGACAGCAGCAGAGCCUUAUCCAGUUUCUCUGGUUAAGGCGUUCACCAUACAUGGGCAGCAAACACAGGACAACAAAGGAACAGGUGAUCUUUCAGUCCGCUUGGCCAGUGGAACAGUCACUGGGGUUUUAUCCUUGUUUUGUUUCCAAUUCCUGUAAAAGCGAUCCUCCUUUCCACUGAUACCCACAUGGGGAGUUGGCAUUAGACGUGUUUGUGUUGGGUUUGUUUGUUCAUGGUUUUGUGUGAGGAUGUUGAACCAAAACAGAAAAACAAGUGUAGGCUGAAGACGGUCGUAGCUUUUCUACAGGAUCCAAAAUCCUAGGAUGUUAUUUAAUGUUAACCUAUUGAAUAUAUAUUUAAUACAUAACAUAUAGAAACACCUUGGUACGUUGCUCCACAGUUUACCCUUUUAUUAAGGGUGUUUCAUUUUUUGAUAUUUACUGAUGGGAGUCUUUUUAUAAAAGGCAUUGUUACAUACGUACAGCGUGUGCCUUAAGAGUUUUCAUGUGCUUCUAGUUGACCUGGUACCCGUUCACCUCAGUACGUGAUGUGCAGCUGAUGUUUUUCAUUAGAAUUUGGUCCAAUUACUGUAUAGUUACUGGUUUUGAGCGGCUCAGACAUGUUCCACUGUGGCUAAACUCUGUUAUGUUGUUGGGAGAGCUAAAUGGGAUGUCAGAUAACCUUACGUUUUUUAAAGGUGGCAUGGAUUUAUCAUGAUCCCAUCCAACUACACGUACAAGUGCCUAAAAGCAGAGAAUGGCAGUCCUAUAGAAGUCCCACUGUUGGAUUUUAGAGGUCAUAGUGUAGAUGAUGUCUGUACCUGUGGACCUAGAGUGGAUUAGUGCUGAUGUUUUAAGAAAUGUACAUGCUGGAGGCCAAAGAGAACUGUGAGUAAUGUCAGAAACACCUCUGUAAAUAUCUUUAAUAUGUGCUGGCCCAUGCAGGUGUUUCAGUAUUUUCAGGAGUCCUCCAUGAAGUAAAUGGUACUGUAAAACAGAAUCUAAUAACUUUAGAAAUGAAAUUAAGAAUGUAUGCAACAUGUUCCUACAUCACCAGUUGGUCCAGACGUUUUUAUACUCAAAGAUUUGUGUUUUUCCAAAGUGUUAUGGACUGUAUUGUUUAAGAUGCUAUAAGUUAUUGAACGGUUUCAUUGUCCUCCAUGUGCUGAGCUCAAAUGUACAAAUGAAAUCCAGCAGGAGUCCUUUACUACAUGACUGAGUGGUGGCGGAGUUUAGCAGUACUAGACAUAAGAAAUGCAUUAAGAUAAGUUACUUAUGAUGUGCAAUAUUACAGAAACACAACUGGAGAUCUGUCCAGGAGAGGACAGAGCUUUUAAUAUGGGAGAACAGCUUCAUGUACACGAUAACACUGUUCAGAUUUCAUAAUUUAAGACUCAUGCUUUGUGUUUAACAUUGAGUAAAUACACUGUAAUGUUUUUGACAGUACUUUUUAAUGUAUUUUGCUGACACGAGACACUUUUCACCUAUGUAUUAACUUAGAAACACAUGCGAUUAAGGCAAAUCUUUUUAUUGAACUGAAAUUGGACUUAAAGUGUAUGUUGGAAAAGGUGAUAUUAACUGUGGUGGUCCUACGCAGUGUUUGCUGUACUUUGUUUUUGCCAUGUAAACACGGACCUUGGAGGUCAGGUUGUCGGUGACUUUUUUUGUCGUUCAUUUUCUAACGCAUCUCUGUCUUUACGAGAUCAGUCUAAUGAAAGUGCUCUAUUUGAUAUAAUAUGAAUGUUAUUAUUAUAUAUUACACUAAUGAUGUGUAUUGCUAGAAACAGAAUAAACCCAAACCACUGUGAAAGAUGGAGGGCGGAGGUUCCUAUAUGAAGGUGCUGCGGGGAUCUGCAUUCCCGUUGCCUCUUUAGAAACAAGAAUCCCAAAAAACUGAGGGCGCAUGGCGGAUGAAUCACCCAAUACUCUUAAACAAAGCCGCCGUCACUGUGCGAAGCCUCCCAAGUAUUUUGUCCAUGUUUUCCUGUCAUUUCUCUGUGAAUUAUGCAGAUUCCGAAUACUUCCGCACUAACAGAGGCUUUCAAGACAGUUUAAGUAUAAAUAUUUUAUAGAAAGUCCAUUUUUAAGCCUUUUUUAGCUUUUGAAAUGUUGAGAAGUAUGCUGUACCCCACUUUGUACUUUGUGUAUUGUUUGAUCUUGAAACAAUUGAAAUUUAUUUUCACAUAGUAACUGAUUUUUUUU